UUGUUGUUGUUUGUUAGACGGCAGCGGCUCAGAGGCUCCGGGUGGGAAACAGUACAUCAGUUUUAAGGGCCGUGGUGACGGUGAUGCCGGGGAUGUGGAGGGCCGCCGGUCCGUUCGUUAUCCAGACAAUCAUCAGCUCUUCGUUGGAAAUCUUCCUCAUGACAUUGACGAGGGCGAGCUGAAAGAGUUCUUCAUGACGUUUGGGAACAUGGUGGAGAUGAGGAUCAACACCAAAGGCGUCGGAGGGAGGCUGCCCAACUUCGGCUUCGUGGUGUUCGAUGACUCCGAGCCGGUGCAGAGGAUUCUGGGAUCCAAGCCCAUCAUGUUCCGCGGAGAAGUGCGUCUGAACGUGGAGGAGAAGAAGAGCAGGGCGGCGCGCGAGCGGGAGACCAGAGGAGCGGCGGAGGGCCGGCGUGGGCCCCGGGGCCCCCUGGGGAACGGACUGGGGCGUGAGCGAGAGGCCCGGGGGUCCUCCAGGGCUGGGAUGAGCCGCUUCACAGGCCCCCGCCGCUGAACGCUGAUGAAGGCCUCUACUCGUCUGAUUGGUUUUGUUGCUCUCGUGUCUCUCUCUGGCUUUCGGACUCUGACCGGCCCUCAAAGACUCUCAGACUCGCGCCGCGCCGAGAUCAUCUGCGCUUUCCUUUGUAUUCUCCACAUGAUUUUUUGCGAAGAAGAACAGGACAGUGUGAUAUUUU